GUGUUUGUCUCUUCUUUGGUCUGAACUGUUAAAGGACUGCUGUCUGCUAGUGUUCUAGUGACAUUGACACUAACAUGUUACCUACAUAUCACAGAGUUUCUAAUGUAAACAAGAAAUUUGAAAAAUUUGAUUUUAUUUUUUCAUCAAAGAAUUAAUAAUAGCCAGCGAUUACAUAAGUUUUGAGUUUUUUAAUUUUAGUAUUAUAUACUUUUUGGAGUCUGUAUUACAGAAUACUGUACAGACUAGUGAACGUGAAUAAUUGUAUCCAGUUAAAUAAAACGAACGAAUUUACUUACAAUUUGGCGUCCGUUGGUUUCUUGCUUUAAUUUAUACUCUCUAAUAAAGAUUCAACUAUGGAUUUUAGUUCUCUCAAUCCAUUAUCAUCAAACCCGCUGAAUCUCGCAGCGCGGAACAACGAUGUCAAAAAGGUCGAAAAAUUACUCAAAAAAAUGAAUCCCAAUUGUGUAGAUAACAGAGGAUGGACUUGCCUUCACGAGGCUGCAGCUAGAGAUAGCUAUCAGAGCAUUUUACUCAUCCUAAAACACAAGGAUAUUAGGCCUAUGGCAGAGACUCACGAAGGUCACACGGCUUUGUACCUCGCAUGUCGAUAUAUGAGCUCAGUUCAGACAGUUCAAGCAUUACUAGAUAGUGUGCCUGACAUAGCAAACUAUGGGAGCACUGAAAAUGUGACGCCGCUACAUGUGUCAAGUGCUCAAGGUAGGCUUGAAGUAAUUCAGCUACUGAUUGAAUAUGGUGCAAUGUAUGAUGUGCAAGACUUUGAUGGAGACACACCUUUACACGAUGCAGCUCUUAGCACUCAGUAUGAAGCAGUAAACUUGCUGCUUCAUGUAGGUGCCAAUCCUGAAAUAAGGAACGAGGCGGACUAUACACCAUUUCACUUAGCAUGCUACAAGGGAUGUUUUCAAACUGUAAAGAAUUUAUAUCCAUUUAUAAACGAUAUCAAUCAAGUGACUGUAAAUGGUGAUAGCCCAUUAAUACUAGCAACGCAGGGGUGCAGUGACGAAAUUGUAAAAUUCUUACUGAAAAAUGGUGCUGAUCCACACAUAAAGAAUAAAUAUGGUGAUUUAGCAUUAGUCAUGGCAUUAAACAUGGGACACAGCUCCAGUUUCAAAAUUCUCCUAUCAGUUACUAGUUCCAGCAAAAUAGACCAAAACAUAAUUUUAUAUGCAUGUAAGCCACACUUCUUCAAAAUGGAAAUACUGGAAAGCCUGUUAACACAUGAUUUAGGGCCAGAAUUCUUUGAUUUUUUUGAACAAUUUCAUAUAACUCUAGAACAAUUUGGUGAAUUCAGACCUGCUUACCUCACUAAUGCACCAAUCAAUUCUUAUUUGAACAUAUGUGAAUAUAUAUACAAUCAAUCUCCUGAGAAGUUCAAAGAAUUUCUGUAUCUGUUCCUAUUGAGAGGACUAUUGGUAGAUGCAAUUGAUGUGAAUGAAUGCCCACCUUUGGUAUACAUUCAUUAUUGCAUGCACACUUUCUGCUUUGAAGAUGUAUUCAAAAUCCUUAGAGAACAUGGUUGUAAUGUAGACUAUUGUAGUAUGACAUGCUUCAAUAAAGAUAGGUACAUACCAGACGCAUUACUGGCAUCUCUCACGUCAGAUCCUGCAACACUGUUGGUAAUGUUACCACACAGUCUGUACUGCGAUCCAGAGUAUUUAUUAAAGUUUGCAUGUGUGAAUGGGGUCUUAGGAAGAAUACCACAAUAUGUACAGUAUCAAUUGAUGUCUAUGAUAGGUAUCAAUGACACUAGUCUAACUGCGGAAUCGUUACCAUACACGGCAUUACCGCUGAAGCAUCUGUGUCGACAAAGGAUAAGGUCAUCAAUAAGACAUUCCAGCAACAAAUGUUUGAAAUCCACAAAUCAAUUCUAUGAUAUUCUCAAUCUAAUUAAAAUACCUUUGAUAUUAAAAAACUAUUUACGUUUUGUUUAGACAAUGUUUCGUUGGUUAUUAUUUUUUGUUGUGAAAAUUAAGCUUAUUUUGCUAUAGGUACUCCGCGAAAAUCAAGAG